AUGUCUGGAAACAUAUUUUCCCACUACGGUACCGAUUCAGACAACUCGCCGAAUUUGGGUACGAACGACGGGAGCACCGAACAACCGUAUAAUGACCCGACCGCCGGUAUCAUCACCUCUAACGGUAUUGCAGGGCAUUAUCCCCGAACGCCAUCCCCGCGCCACCAGCCACCUAUUUCCCCAGCACCUUACAUCUCGCCUAUAUCCCCUUUUAUCUCCCAGUUCAUUACAUCUGUCCCCUCUUUCACUUUUACUCCACAGGCUGCACAUAUCUCACCUACGUCCCAUUUGGGGUCGUCUACCUCACCUUCGCGUGGUCUUAUACCUUCUGCGUUCCCUUAUACCUCUUACGAAGAAGAAGAAGAAGAAGAAGAAGAAGAAGAAGAAGAAGAAGAAGAAGAAGAAGAAGAAGAAGAAGAAGAAGAAGAAGAAGAAGAAGAAGAAGAAGAAGAAGAAGAAGAAUUUACGGGAGAUGGCUGGACUUUGGAGAGAGAGGAGGAGGAAGAAGAGUGGGAAGGGUUCUCGGACGACAAAGAGAAAGAGGAGCAGGAGGGGGAUGACGAAAUGAAGCCUAAAAGAAAGAGAAAGAAGAUGAAAAACAGGAGGAGCAUUGUAUUUUGGAGGAGGGAGGCAUGGAAGAAGAGGAGAAGGAGGGUAGUGAUCUGGGAGGAAGAAGAAUGGGAGGGGUUUUUGGAUGAGGAAAGGGAGGGGGAUACAGAAUUGGAGGAUGUAGGCUCGGAGGAUGCACGUGGUGGUUCCUCACUCACGCUACUAUCGCCAUCACCACCCGCGCCCCCAUUUCACAUACGCCGUUUCCUUCGCCGUAAUCUUCGCCCUCGCCGUCAUACGGAUCAGACAGUAGCGGAAGGAUGUACGUCCGACUAG